CUAAAAAUUUCUGCCUCGCGGACCUGCUUCAAAGAAGCACGAGCUACGGCGCUCCAGAGCCAUGUUAAGGGCGGCUAUAGAAGCAAGACACAAAUAGAGUGGUGGAGUGAAGGAAUGAUGGAUUUUGACGAGCGGGUCCCCGUCGGUUCGAACAUGUAUUUGCCCAGUUGCACCUACUACGUCUCGGCGGGGGCAGACUUUUCUGGUCUACCCUCGUUUUUGUCCCAGACCCCGUCUACUCGCCCCAUGACUUACUCGUACUCCUCUAACCUGCCGCAAGUCCAGCCCGUGAGAGAGGUGACGUUCAGGGACUAUGCAAUUGACGCGUCCGGUAAAUGGUCACACCGAGGGAACCUGCCCCAGUGCUACCCAACCACGGAGGAUAUGGUGCAUCGGGACUGUCUGUCCUCGCAGCCCACCAUGGGGGAAAUGUUUGCCAAGAACAACCCAGCCGCCGCUGCCGCAUACCAUCACCACUCCGGCGCGGCUUCUGCUGCGUCCAAUUUAUACGGAAAUGUUAGCAGAAAUGGGGUUCUGCCACAAGCGUUUGACCAGUUUUUCGAGACAGCUUACGGUAACGCCUUGGAAAUUCCGUCGUCUAACGACUACUCAGGGGAAAAAGCGACAACCAAGCAGACCAUCUCCGUGGCAGAGCACACGCCGCCGUGCGGGGACACAGAGGCUAAGGAGCCGCGCGAGGAGACCAGCAGUCCAGAGUCCUCUUCCGGCAACAAUGAGGAAAAAUCGAGCAGCAGUGGACAGAGGACUCGUAAAAAAAGAUGUCCUUAUACAAAAUAUCAAAUCCGAGAACUAGAGAGGGAGUUCUUUUUCAGUGUUUAUAUCAACAAAGAGAAAAGGUUGCAGCUCUCUCGCAUGCUGAACCUCACCGACCGCCAAGUAAAAAUAUGGUUUCAGAAUCGACGAAUGAAGGAAAAGAAAUUAAACAGAGACAGAUUACAGUAUUACACCACGAACCCGCUGCUUUAGAAGUGACCUUUCAUAAUGCAGUUAACAGACUUAUUGACUCUGUGUCAUCUUUUCCCUCUGACGUUUGUGGCAGAAGCAACAAAACAACAACAACAACAACAACAAUGGCUGCAGCUACAAAACAAUGCUCAAUGAAACGAUGUUCAUUUUAAGCUCAAGGACAUGAAACAGAAUAUCGCUUGAUUUUAAAUGGUUGGAGAAUGAGCAUGACUUAACUGACAAACUGACAGCAUCUUGGCCAUCAGAAUUUGUUUGAAAGAUUAACGGUAUUUCUGUGGAUAUUGUCCUCCUCUAGACUUUGUUCUCUUGUGCAUUAUAAUAUUGUUGUCACACAGUCGCCUUCAUUUCUUCUCACAGCGACCAGCCUUAUCAGUCUAACAAUGACUGAAACGGGUGCAUUUUGUAAUCAUAAAGCCUCUUGUACAUUAUUUUCUUUUUUCUUUUUUUUAUCGCACGAGUGGUAACCUGGUAUAGGUUUCGUGUUGCCAGGAAUCUGUGAUGUUGUGCAUUUAAUAAAUGAGGCUAGAACUUUGAUGUGACCAAAUAAUGAGACUGUUUGUAAGGUUAUUUAUUUAGCCACAGAUUUUCUAUUAUACCUAUCACAGCAAAAUAAUAGGGAUUUCUAGUUUUGACACCAAACAGAGACUAGGCAAUUACUGCCUUUGUAACUGCUUCAAAGCAAGCCUUGUAUUUAUGUAGCUGUUCAUAUUUUAUCUCCUUGAUUUCCACACUUAAUUUGAACGUGAUUUUAACGCUCGGACGAACAACAAAUUAGGGAAAUAUUAACCCACAAGCAGACUAAACCGAAAAUAAGACCUGUUCAACCUCAUUGUAGACUAGUGGAAUUGUUGCUAUACCAUACGCCUGGAGUUAUACAGGUAAUGUAUUCAACAAGGCCGCAGUGUUUUGAUACACAGAUUCAGCUAAUGGGUCUAUAUCAUCCAGGUUUUAGUAAAAUAGAAUACAUAUUAUUACAUUUUUCACUGGUGUUCUUGUUUUGUAUUUCUUUAAGUUAAACGUGAAAUGCGUUUCGAAAUGUAGGCCUAAUUUCAGGGACAUCAUCUUGGAUCAAAUGCUUGGUAUGCCCAAAAUAUUCUGUA